AUGGCACACAAGCAAGGCAAAAUGGCAAAUCUCAUAAACUACCGGAUGCGUGUCACAUUGAAUGACAGCAGACAAUUGACCGGUACCUUGCUCGCAUUUGAUAAGCACAUGAAUGUUGUCCUAGCUGACACAGAAGAAUUCCGUCGCACAAAGCGCAAAGCCACAAAGUCGAAUCCUAAUGCUCCAACUACCGAAGUCGAGGAGAAACGUACCCUUGGCCUCAUCAUCCUUCGCGGCAUGACAAUUGUCUCCCUAUCAGUCGAGGGUCCACCAACAGAAACCCCAGCAUCAAGACUACCCGUUGGCUCAGGUGCAGGAACAUCACAGACACCGAUCCAGCCAGGUCCCGGAAUUGCAAGACCCGCAGGAAGGGGUCUACCGAUCGGAAUGGGCCAACCACCAUCCGGCUUCGGUGCACCCCCAGCCGGCAUGCCAGGAGCCCCUCCAGGCUUCGGAGGUCCCGGUCUCCAAGGUCCAAUGCGAACAAACCUCCCACCAGGCAUGCCCGCCCCGCCGGCUGGCUUCGGCGCUCCUCCAUCGUUUCCAGGCGGUGGACCACCCGGAUUUCAAGGCGGACCACCCGGUGGACCCAUGGGCAGGGGCCAAUAUCCGCCUAGUGGUGGACCUCCUGGCUUUGGUGGCAGAUAA